AUGGGUCGACAGGCUUACUUGAAUCGGCUCGCUUUGGGCCGGUCACCAUAUGAAGCUCCCGAUAAUGCGGCAGUUGACCCCUCAAACCCAGUCCGACGGAUCUCCAGCGUCCAUGCGGACGACUACAUGCAACAGUAUGAUACUCGAGGACACCCUGUCAAUCCCGAGUCCAAAACCUUUGGAAAAGAACUCCGGAGAGCUAAGAAUGACAUACUCUCCACAAUGGGGAUCGUCGUCAGUAGAGAAGACCAGAAGUCUAGUAUUCCCAAUGAACAGCAAAAGAUCAAUCAAAUUGCAAGUGAAAAUGACUUUGGGCUGGUCAUUACGACUCUCGAUCAGCUAUUUAUCUUCUUUGGUACCUGGUGGACUUCUUCACUCACUGGCAGAGUACAGACCUACACGCACUAUGCACAUUCCGCAUUACUCAAUGCCAUAAAGCUUGAGAGAGACACCAAGGGGAUCCUCAACUUUUAUUUUGCGGGCAUUCCAGCUUGGGCAAUGUCAAGUGGGUUGGCUAUAGCCCGAGAAACCCCGCUAAAGCGUGUCUUUGUCUCUCUCCGAGACUAUGUCCAGGGGUUGACAGGCGACUCACUUGGCGUCCGUUCCCUCUUUGGACUUCUAUAUACAGCGGCGAGACACGCAGUGCUCAUGUUGUCUGUGGAGUUCUACAUGUACUCUACACUCCAGUCUCUCUCUCUUGUUUCGCCAUAUUCCAUACCUGGGAUCCGACUUCUACUUCCCUUCAGUGGAGAAUCCUUGCUGCAGCUGCCUCAACUUCCCACCGAUUUUUCCCCUCAUUCACUGGGGAUGUCGCUUGUGGGUUUGUUGACCUCUCCUGGCGUUUUGGUGUUCCUCUAUGGCUACUACUUGCGACCAGAGCUCGAAGAGCGUAUCUACCGGUUGAUUAGACGACAUCUUCCCAAGCCAACUCUUCCAGAUGAGCUCUCAGUCCGUGUUGCCUUGGAAGAAAAUCUCAUAGAGUGGGUGGUGCCCACGCUGGGCCGUAGAUCAGAUGAAGAGUUAUACCGCACCAAGCUCACAUUCUUCGAGGAUAUCAAAUACGAAUUUUCCCUCUUUCGGAGAUGGGUAUCAUCAAUUUUUGGACUGAGACCGAGCAAGCCGUCAGAUGAGAAGAUUGAAAAUCUCCGCAAUUCGAUCCAGUUGUUGCAAAGUGAACUUGAAAGAACCCGAGUGAACUUUCUCACUGAAAUUGCUGAAGAGGAAUCAAGUGAUCUUGUGACUAGACCCCCGGGGGUCACUCCCGAUACCCAGGUUGCCGCUGCUACCUCACGACCAGGACCAGGACCAGCGGGUACAAUUGAAUCUACACGUUCGACUCGAGCAGAUUCAAACUUCGGACUGAAUCGAGUGCUCACAAAUGAGAAUCGUAUGUCUCAAUCGCCUGGAGAAAUGGGCGACGAUUAUUUUUCCGAGAUGGCUACUAUUGGGCAAACAAGUGAUCAGGAGACUACUACAAACCCGCUGGAUCAAACCGUUUCCUCACAAGAUGGUGAGCAUUUUGCUAUGGAUCGACUGAACUCGCGAUCUAAUACUCUCUUCUCUCGUCCAUCAUCACCAGAAACAUCACCUCCUACUUCGCCCCAUGUUAGAGCAUCUUUGAUCCACCAAAGCUCCGAUGUCAUUACGAUGCAACUCGAGUUGCUAGGCAAUCGGAAUCGCAGCCCGCAAAGCCAAGCCGCAAAUCUUGCCCAGCUCAAUGCACUAGCAGGUAACAAUCUGUCAGGAACAAAUACAACCCCCGAUGCUAUGGAUAGAAGAUCCAUAGCCGAGUUCCUCGAAGCCCUAAUCUUGAGUCAGGCGCAGCGCGAAGCGCAGCAGCCACAACCGGCAGUGGACACCGAUGGCCUCUCGGGUAUCAGUACCGGGGCAUCCAACUCGAGUCCUCAAGACCCCCAAGCUACCGAGGGCCCAGCUUUAGGAUCAAUCGAGGAAGCACUAGAGUCGGCCGUUCCAAAUAUUCUUCCUGAUGGCAUGGAGGAACCAAACGAUGAGGAGCCCACCGAUGAGACAUCCCCUGUCGCAGAUGCAACCCAGAAUGAAGAUACCCAGUCCCAUCCCCUCGUCCAGCCAGUUCCACCCUCUUCUCUCAUCCCCGGUCAAUUGACGAACCCAUUAUCGCAAUCUCAUCGCGUCACACUUCUCUCAGCAUACCCAGUAGACUCCCUUGCGUCUCACCUCGCUGCUGCAAUUAGUGGCAUUAUACUUGCGCCGCUUGAAGUACUCUAUCUUCGCUCAUUAACUCGAUCAUGGAUCAUCUCGCACCCUUCUUCUACUGUCCGUUUGUCGGAUAUUCAUCCAUUGGAUCUUUGGUUUGGUGGAAGGACUUGGUCAGACAUAAGUGUUUAUACCUGUCGACUCGUGCUUAUGAGAGGGAUGCAAGUUGCGAUGAGAGCUGGGAUCUGGGGAUUCCUGGUAGGCUCGACAAUGAGGAUAGGGAGAAAUUUCUGCGGUUGGGGAACUUUGUAA